AGUACUCCGCCGCUCACAAUCCGUCGCCUUGUUAUGUGUUGGGAAAAGGACUUCGCGAAAUAGCAGCGAUGUCAGUCCAGGUUUUGGCAGCGAAAAUGGCCGAGGUCGAAUUAAAAGACGUCCCCGGCAAAGAAUUAACACCCGAAUCGCCUCUGACACCAAAGGCAGGUGACAAAGGGGUGGUUGAAAACGAACCAAAAGCUACUUCGGCUACUACCCCAACGAUGGAGCCUAUCGUAAAAACCGGGGACACGAGCCCUGGUUUUCUCACCCCGAACACUAAGAUGCCGCAGGCGUCCGCGAUGAAACGGACAGAUCCCCAACAAAACGGUGGAGAAGCUUUCGUAAAUCGCGACGGUACGGUGGCAGAGGCCCCAAGAUUGAAAAAGCAGAUCCAGUUUGCGGACCAAAAACAAGAGUUCAACAAACGUCCCACCAAAAUCGGCCGCCGCUCUCUGUCCCGAUCCAUCUCCCAGUCCUCCACAGACAGCUACGGCUCAGCUGCGUCGUACACGGACAGCUCUGACGACGAGACCUCUCCUCGGGACAAGCAGCAGAAGAACUCCAAGGGCAACGGAGACUUCUGCAUCAAGAACAUCAAGCAGGCCGACUUCGGACGCAGGGAGAUCGAGAUCGCGGAGCAAGAGAUGCCAGCCCUCAUGGCCCUGAGGAAGAGAGCCCAGGGAGAGAAGCCUCUGGCUGGAGCCAAAGUAGUGGGCUGCACCCACAUCACAGCUCAGACAGCCGUGUUGAUGGAGACGCUGACUGCCCUGGGGGCUCAGUGCAGGUGGGCUGCCUGUAACAUCUACUCCACUCAGAAUGAGGUGGCAGCGGCUCUGGCCGAGGGAGGGUUCUCUGUGUUCGCGUGGAAGGGCGAGUCGGAGGACGACUUCUGGUGGUGCAUCGACCGCUGCGUCAACCUGGAGGGCUGGCAGCCCAACAUGAUCCUGGAUGACGGCGGAGACCUGACCCACUGGAUCUAUAAGAAAUACCCCAACAUGUUCAAGAAGAUCAAGGGCAUCGUGGAGGAGAGCGUCACGGGAGUACACCGGUUGUACCAGCUGUCCAAGGCGGGAAAGCUGUGUGUCCCGGCCAUGAAUGUCAACGAUUCUGUGACCAAGCAGAAGUUUGACAACCUCUACUGCUGCAGGGAAUCCAUCCUGGACGGUCUGAAGAGGACCACUGAUGUAAUGUUUGGGGGCAAGCAGGUGGUGGUGUGUGGAUAUGGCGAGGUGGGGAAGGGCUGCUGUGCUGCUCUCAAGGCCAUGGGCUCCAUCGUGUACGUCACUGAGAUCGACCCCAUCUGUGCCUUGCAGGCCUGCAUGGAUGGCUUCAGACUGGUGAAGCUGAAUGAAGUGAUCAGACAAGUGGACAUUGUCAUCACCUGCACAGGAAAUAAGAACGUGGUGGUGAGAGAGUACUUGGACCGUAUGAAGAACGGCUGUAUCGUCUGUAACAUGGGACACUCAAACACCGAGAUCGACGUGGCUAGCCUGCGGACCCCGGAGCUGACCUGGGAGAGAGUGAGGUCACAGGUGGACCACGUCAUCUGGCCCGACGGCAAGAGGAUAGUGUUGCUGGCUGAGGGUCGUCUGCUGAACCUCAGCUGCUCUACGGUCCCCACCUUUGUCCUGUCCAUCACCGCCACAACCCAGGCCCUGGCUCUGAUAGAGCUGUACAACGCCCCGGAGGGACGCUACAAACAGGAUGUCUACCUGCUGCCCAAGAAGAUGGAUGAGUAUGUGGCCAGUCUUCACCUGCCUACGUUCGAUGCCCACCUCACAGAGCUGAGUGACGAGCAGGCCAAGUACCUGGGCUUGAACAAGAACGGGCCCUUCAAGCCAAACUACUACAGGUAUUAAACCAACUCUGAAAUGAAGAAAAUACCAAGGCUCCAUAAACCGUACAGAAUCCAGAAGAAAGGAGAGAGGAGGAGCUCUGUGCUUAUUGCUCAGAGUGGAGGGCGUGGCUUUACCUGCGCUUUGGCAGUGUUUAUUUAUUUACGCUAGAAUAGUGUAACUCUAACCUUUUUGAGCUGCUCCUGCCAUUUUGUGCUCCUUAGCAAGCGUCUCCUGGAGUUUCCACCAUUUUUCGUUUUCUCUUAGCUACUUGUGUGUCAGUCGUACGUAAAAACUCCAUUAACGAGAUCUUUUUAUUGUUCGUUUAAAAACUAAAGAUGGGAAAAACUAUUGA